AGCUCCGGCCGGUGGCCAAACCGGAGCUGAUGGCUGCCAUGGCGACGGAGCCAGGGGCCCUCCCUGGCCCUGUGCCCGCGCUGGAGAGCAGCGGGGUGACCUGGCCCGCCCCGCCCCCAGGCCGCGGCCGCCUAGCCGAGACUGACCCUCCGCAGCUCCUGUAGUCACGUGGAGCUGGGAACCCGGCGCGUGGGGGGAGGUUGGGGACGGGCCUGGCAGUUGUGAACUCGAACCUGCUGCUGUCGCCGCUGCAGGGCGGGGAACCGGCCGCAGAGGCCGGCUUGGUGCUCUAUGGAUGGGCGCCGCGUCCCUGCAGAGCACGCGGGAGAGGUAAGGCUGACCUCUCAGCAGUUAGAGGUCUGAGCUCUGCCAUGGGGAUAGGGAUGUCUUUAUUGCUACAGUUUUCUCUGACAUCCGGGGGCUACCGAAGUGUGGGCCGAAGCAGGCGCUGCAGCAGAAGUAUCCCCAGGAACAUCCCCAGAAGGAGCUGGAAAAAGCCUCACCCCCAGCUCUGCAGUCUUCAGGCAGAGGAAGAACCGAUGCUGGAACGGCGCUGCAGGGGCCCCACGGCCAUGGGCCCAGCCCAUCCCUGGCUCUUUUCUGGGCCCUCCCAGGAGUCCUCCCAGCCCAACAGAGGGUUGAGGUACCAAGGCAAAUCAGUAGCACAGCCAGGAGGCCCAGCCCCAGUCAAGGUCCAUCGUUGUGCUCACUGUCGGAAGCGUUUCCCAGGCUGGGUGGCCCUGUGGCUUCACACUCGGCGGUGCCAGGCCCGGCUCCCUCUGCCCUGCCAUGAGUGCAACCAGCGCUUUCGCCACGCCCCCUUCUUAGCGCUGCAUCUUCAGGUUCAUGCUUCUGCAGUCCCUGACCUGGGUUUCAUCUGCCACCUAUGUGGGCAUAGCUUCCGGGGCUGGGUAGCCCUGGUUCUGCAUCUGCGGGCUCAUUCAGCUUCAAAGAGGCCCAUCAUUUGCCCUGAAUGCAACAAACGCUUCUGGCGACAAAAACAGCUUCGAGCUCACCUGCGGAGGUGCCAGCCCCCUGCCCCUGAGGCCCGGCCCUUCAUAUGUGGCAACUGUGGCCGGAGCUUUGCCCAAUGGGACCAGCUCGUUGUUCACAAGAGGGUGCACGUGGCUGAGGCCUUGGAGGAGGCAGCAGCCAAGGCCCUGGGUCCUCGCCCGCGAGGACGUCCUUCAGUGACUGCUCCCAGGCCAGGUGGAGAUGCUGUGGACCGCCCCUUCCAGUGUGCCUGCUGCGGCAAGCGCUUCCGCCACAAGCCCAACCUGAUUGCCCACCGCCGCGUGCACACUGGCGAGCGACCACACCAGUGCCCAGAGUGCGGGAAGCGUUUCACCAAUAAGCCCUACCUGACCUCGCACCGCCGUAUACAUACGGGCGAGAAGCCCUACCCAUGCACCGAGUGUGGCCGCCGCUUCCGCCACAAACCCAACCUGUUGUCGCACAGCAAAAUCCACAAGCGCUCAGAGGUCUCAGCUCAGGCUGCCUCCCACACCGGGAGUCACUUGAUUGCAGCGGAGCCUAUGGCACAACCUACGCUUGGGGUGCCCCUGGGGUCCCUGAGGACCCCGGCCGAGGCACCUGCGCCCCUGCAUAGCUGCACUGACUGCGGCCGCAGCUUCCGGCUGGAGCGUUUCCUGCGGCUACACCAGCGGCAGCACACAGGCGAGAGGCCCUUCACCUGCACAGAGUGUGGCAAGAACUUCGGCAAGAAAACGCACCUGGUGGCGCACUCACGCGUGCACUCGGGUGAGCGGCCCUUCGCCUGCGAGGAGUGUGGUCGCCGUUUCUCACAGGGCAGCCACCUGGCAGCCCAUCGGCGCGACCAUGCACCAGAGAGGCCCUUUGUGUGCCCAGACUGCGGCAAGGCUUUCCGACACAAGCCCUACCUGGCCGCGCACCGACGCAUCCACACAGGCGAGAAGCCCUAUGUGUGUCCCGACUGUGGCAAAGCUUUCAGCCAGAAGUCCAACCUGGUGUCCCACCGGCGCAUCCACACAGGUGAGCGGCCCUACGCCUGCCCCGACUGUGAUCGCAGCUUCAGUCAGAAGUCCAACCUUAUCACACACCGGAAGAGCCACAUCCGGGAUGGCGCCUUCUGCUGUGCCAUCUGCGGCCAGACCUUUGACGAUGAGGACCGUCUCUUGAUGCACCAGAAGAAGCACGAUGCCUGAGAGGGACCCAGGAAGACAGACCUAGAUGUCCUUGGCAACAGGGUGUCAGUGGCCUGGGUGGGGUACCUACACUGACGCUGUUAGAGGGACAGGCAGAGAUCCCAGAGGGAUAGAGGAGACAGUGAUCUGGGCUCUGUUUAGGAAUGGACUUUCUCCCAGGUGUCCAGGGAACCCAUUUUAGAAUGCCGGGACCUGGCUUUGAGCUAGUCAGGCCCCCAGCUGGUUUUUCUAAAGGUCAACUCAGACUGCCCUGUACCCUGGAAAAAAUAGCAAUAGCAGCCCCAUCUACCCUUUGAGUCCUCAACUAGCCACCAGUGGGAAGGGAGCCACUCCAUCCUCUGGUGUUAACGCCUUAAUGUCCCCAGUCUUUACUAUGAGUUACUUCAGGUCUUUUUUUUUUUUUUUUUUUUUUUUUAAAGUAGGUGUGGUAUAGUCGUUAGCAAAUGAAUCCUGGAGCAGGGAAAAUGGGCCGGCUGGCUGCACCUUGGUGAACCUGCUGGCUUGUUAGGCAGCAGCAGACAUGAAGCUGAGCUGUUUCUUUCCUUCCUUCCUUCCUUCCUCCCCUUCCUUCCUUCCUUCCUUCCUUCCGUCCUUCCUUCCGUCCUUUUUCUUUUUUACCAGAACCUUUCUGCAAUGCCUCCAGCAGAGGUACCCAGAUGUGUAGCGACCCAUCCACAGCUAGCAAUUCCAUCUCUUUUGUGCAUAUUAUCCUCCCAGGGCAUUUAUUUACUUCUUCACCUGCCUGGUUUUUUAUCUGCCCGCUCUUCCCCAAAUAUAGGCCUUCCUGGUGAUUUUGUUUAAACCCCUGACCCUCCCCAACUCUUUUCAGAGCUUCAGGGGUUAUGUGAAAGACUAGCUGGGGGGUUGGCUGCAGGGAAAGUCCUGGGUAGAUUUCCUUUUUAAGGUCUCCAGGGUAUAGAUGCUAGCCUCUACCCACGCACCUGGGUGCUGGGUCACCGUUACCUCCAGAAGGCAUUGCUUCUAUUGUCUAAUUGUUAGAAAUUCUUACAAGGAUUGGGUUCUGCUUUCCUACGACUUCUGCCUACUGGGUCUUGUUUUGUUCCUUGGAUUGAAACAUAACAACCGUUUACCUUCCUUUACAAACUAGAGAAUAAAGAUUUGGUUUUAGAACUC